ACCCAGCAGUGUUGUAGUGAACACGGGAGUCUCGUUGUGUGCGCAGGUAUUCAUACCGUAUGCGAGUAAAUGGAUAAAUUAAGUGAAUUGUACACACGCGCACAGAAUUGAGUACUUGGUCUGGGUAUAUCACAGACAGCUCUUAAAGGUUAAAGCAGAGUGAUCCAUGAAAUUAAACACUGAUCACACACUGAUUACUGUACACCACAUGAUAGAGCUGUCAGGAAAUGACUAACCAAGGGCUACCAAGGGCUAUCUACAAUACAGCAAGUGACGCAAUACCUCACAGGAUUCCCACACCCUUCACCUCAGGAAAGGCGUCAUAGUCACUCUUGAGUAUAAAUACAGCAUGUAAUAUUUCUCACAGUCACUUCUAAACGGAGAAGACAUUACAACCACUGGACAAACAAUUAAUUAGUGGUAUAAACAUAACCAAGAUAAAAGAACUAGUGACAGGAAGCUUUCACGAGAUAAAUAAUUUGUACGUAAAUAUUUAUAUGAAAUAUCACGUGGCUCAACAAUGAAAGGGUUUUAUAUAUUAGUUACCCUGGUAAUACUGGUUUGUGGCUUUGUUGAACUGACAAGAGCAUUGCAUGUUGAUGACUCGAAGCAUUCACUACUGUGGGCACCUUUCUUUCUUAAAUCCCCAUACCUGACGCUCAUCAACAAAUUUUAUCAUCCAUCUUGGAAUACACGACAUCCCAUCACGAAGGAAGAAACAUCCCUCCGAUACUUGAAGUUGCCUCGGGGUGUCCCAUUUGCAGUUGCGUGUGGUGCGUGCUACCAAAAGUCACGCAUUUCUGCAAAUCUGACUAUCAGUGUAACCGGCCACACCUAUCACAGUGUUCCAAAGAGACAUAGCAACAACAGACAAACAGAGUACCAAGUUCUUCAUAAUGAAUGCCUAAUGACAUACAUGAUCACAGCCCCACUUGAAAAAGAUGGAACAAUAACUUGCACUUUAAAUCGUGGGAAACAAAUAAAAACUGAGGUUAUUUCAUUUAGUGUAGUUGAUGUGAGUGUCGAUGACCCGCCUGAAGAACUAGAAAUUCAAAAUGACAUGGAUGAAGUUACACUACACUGCCCUACACCUGAUGAGAAACCAUCACUAAAAAACCCCCAUGUUUACGUAUGGUACGAGGAUAUCAGCGCUUACCAGUCUGCGAGUUAUCGAGUUAUCACAAAAUUGAGGUCAAUCAUAGCAGUGCCACGCCAAAAGCACACAAGUCACAUUGUCUGUUCCGCCUACAGUAUUGUCAACCCAACUAAGGUGUACCGAACGCGUUACCAAAUUCUAGGUAGCCAAUCACAUGCUCAACAAGAGUAUAAGGUAUCGAAUGAAUUUAUGAACCCAGAUUAUGAUGCACAGGAUCUUACACCCACAAUGAAGCUAACAAGUUCAGUAAUAGGAAUCAUCGCAUCAGCAGUAAUUGUGUGUGUACUUCUGCUACUUGUAGGAAUUCAUCACUUUAUUACAGCAGCCACAAGAAAGUGACAAGUGUUAAGUGAUACCGUACCUGCUUCGACCACAUAUUAGUCGGAAGCUGUGAAAAAUAUGGUUUGCUUGGCAUGGAUCUGACAGUGUGGACCAGGAAGCAUGGAUCUGAUACUGUGGACCAAGAGGCAUAGACCUGAUAGUGUGGAGCAAGAGGCAUGGACCUGACAGUGUGGACCAAGAGGUGUGGACCAUGAGGCUCAGGAUACUCCAAGAGUUUUCCCAGUGAGUGAAGACAGGCCAGGCAAGGGUGCUACACAUAAGGAUGGUGCUGCAGAUAAAACUCCUCUUGGAGUAUAAUCUACAAUAGGAUGCAGCUAUACAGCACAGUACAAUAUAUACAUAUCAAAGACAGCUGUGUUAAUCAUUAGUUUAUGUACAUUACUGAACUCUUUAGAAAAUAUAGCACUACAUAUAUUACAGUCAACUAUGUUAAUUACCGAGUGCUUAUUUUUCUGGUCAUUCUACUCUGAGUACAAAGUUAGUGAGUGAACUUAUUUACUUGUUAUAAAUUUUUAAAAUAUGUUUUUGUGUGUUAAGAUCAUUAUACAGGACAGUAUACACAACUUCCUGUGUUAUAAACUUUAUAAAUACAAAAUAUUUUUAUGUGUUAUGUAAUUUGUAAAUACUUCCUUACUGUAAAGGCAUAAAUCACUGAAUUCUCAUUAUAUAUGUCCCAAUUAUUUCAUUAUGACAAGUGUGCAUCCUGCACAUGCUUCAUUGUAUUUACAAUAUUAAAUUUCAAAUCUUUA